UUAUUAGGCGUGACGGGAAAAGGGUGUGUUUUAAGUUUUUUCGGAAAUUAGUGUCGCCUCCAUUAUAAUUUGUUUAUAGUGUAAUUAUGAUAUGACGAAAUACGUUAGUUGCAUAUAAACAGUGAAAUUUAGUACUCCGCAAUGGCAGGCGUUCAUCCAAGAUAUUCACGGAGAUUGCUUCAAGCCUUGAGUUACCUGUUUCUGAUAUCCUUUGCAGAAUAUAUACCAGGUUGUGCGUCGGAAGAUGUUCAUUGCGUGUGGUACGGCGUGUGUACACAGAAGGAGCCUUCUAUAUACAACUGUGCCUACAAUGGCACUGCGCUGCCCAUAGACAAUGCAUCAAUGCCAAUCAUUCAGAAGUAUUGUCCAUCGAUCGCAGCUGGUGGCGUAUCGUGUUGCAACAUUCAGCAACUGAAGAAUUUCGAGAGCAAGAUUAUACAGGCAGAGAAUCUGCUGGUGCGUUGUCCUGCCUGCUACGAGAACUUCCUGCAACACAUCUGUGGCAUGACCUGCGCUCCCGACCAGAGCAAGUUCAUCAAACCCGUCAAGAGGUCACUUAACAAAGAUAAGAAGGAACAGAUCGAAGAGAUUGACUAUCAUCUUGGCGCUACUUAUAUGAACUCUACAUUUGAUUCAUGUAUUCAGGUACAAAUGCCGUCAAGCAACCAGCGCGCAUUGGAUCUGAUGUGCGGGCGGUGGGGCGCGGUGGAUUGCACGCCGCAGCGGUGGUUCGACUUCAUGGGUGACGCGUCCACCCUGCUCGUGCCUUUCCAGAUUAACUACAUUUCGGGUGACGAGCCCGUUGACCAGUUUGUUCCCUAUCAGCCCCCUACCAGAUCCUGCAGUGCCAGUAUCAACGACCAGCCGGGCUGUUCAUGCAUGGACUGCGCGGCGUCGUGCCCGGUGCCGCCGCCACCUCCACCUCCGCACCGACCCUUCACCAUCAUGGGCACUGACGGCUACGCUUUCGUCAUGGCCAUCAUCUUCCUCAUCUUCUCCACGCUCUUCCUCAGCGGCGUCUACUGCUGCAAUCCCAACGAGAACCAAGUCGACGAUUGGGCGCGAGGCGGGGAGGACGUCCGCGGCGGCUCGGAGACCAGUCCGCUGCACAGCCACAGAUCUAGUGUAGGUUCAGACACGAAUCAAGAGAUGUCAACAAACCCGACGAGUGUGGGUUGGACAGCAGACCAGGCUGAUGGUGCUACUGACGCGACAUUCUUCGAGCGUCUCGGCGCUGAGACUGAGACCAGGCUGGAGGACUUCUUCCAGUGGUGGGGGUGCAUCAUGGCCUCGCGACCUUGGAUUAUCUUGUCUCUAGGUCUAUGUUUUGUGGUUUCCCUCGGCAUCGGCAUACAGUAUAUGCAGGUGACGACCAAUCCCGUGGAGCUGUGGGCGUCGCCGAAAUCCAGAUCGCGUAUGGAGAGAGACUACUUCGAUACUCACUUCGAGCCAUUCUAUCGCACCGAGAUGAUUAUCAUCAGCUCCAAGGGUCUGCCGAAGAUCGAGUACACCACUGAAUCGGGCACAGUGCUCGACUUCGGGCCGGUCUUCAACUCUACUUUCUUACUGAAGGUGUUGGAUCUGCAAGAGAGGAUCAUGGGUUUGGGCAACGAGACAAAGCUGGAGGACAUCUGCUUCAGUCCGCUGCAGUCUCAGUUCUCUGCAGCCACCACCUCCUCCAUGUGCGCGGUGCAGUCCAUCUGGGGCUGGUGGGGGAACGACCGCCGCAACCUUCUCGACGAUCUGGAGGAUGAUCUGUACCUCGAGAAGGUGUUAAGUUGUGCCAGCAACCCGUACCAGUGCCUGGCGCCGUACGGCGGACCCGUGCUGCCCGGCGUCGCGCUGGGCGGCUUCCUGACACCAGGAGAGCCCCUCACCACCACCUCGCGCUUCUACCAGGCCGACGCCCUCAUCAUCACCAUACUUGUCAACAACAAACAUGAUCCCAGCCAGCUAAAACCUGCGUUGGAAUGGGAGAAGAAGUUCAUAGAAUUGAUGAAGAAUUACACAGAGAAUGAGAUGCCGGAGUACAUGGACAUCGCGUACACGUCUGAGCGCUCCAUAGAGGACGAGCUCGACCGCGAGUCGCAGUCCGACAUCUCCACUAUACUCGUCUCUUACUUCAUCAUGUUCGCAUAUAUCGCUAUCUCGCUCGGACGCUUCACCACCUGCUCCAGGCUGCUUAUUGACAGCAAGGUCACCUUGGGAUUGGGAGGAGUGUUAAUCGUGCUGGCGUCUGUGGUGUGCUCCGUGGGUAUGUUCGGGUACGCGGGUGUGGCUGCCACACUCAUCAUUGUAGAAGUUAUCCCCUUCCUCGUGCUGGCUGUGGGUGUCGACAACAUCUUCAUCCUGGUGCAGACCAGCCAGCGAGAGCCGCGUAGACCUAAUGAGUCAGUUGCCGAACACAUCGGCAGGACUCUGGGUCAGGUGGGGCCGUCGAUGUUCCUGACGUCCGUGUCGGAGUCUGUGUGCUUCUUCCUGGGCGCGCUGAGCGACAUGCCGGCGGUGCGCGCGUUCGCGCUGUACGCCGGCGCCGCGCUCCUCGUCGACUUCCUGCUGCAGGUCACCUGCUUCGUCGCACUCCUCGCCAUCGACACGCAUCGACAGAAUGCUAACAGAUUCGACGUGCUGUGCUGUGUGAGCGGCAGCAAGGUGGAGGGUGCGGGUGCGGCGGGCGAGGGCGCGCUCUACAAGCUGUUCCAGCACGCCUACGUGCCCUUCCUCAUGCGCCGCGAGGUGCGCGCCACCGUCAUGAUCCUCUUCUUCGCCUGGCUCUGCUCCUCUGUCGCGGUGGCGCCACACAUAGAGAUAGGUCUGGACCAGGAGCUGUCGAUGCCGCAGGACAGCUUCCAGCUGAAGUACUUCCAGCAUCUCAACAAAUAUCUGAACAUCGGCCCUCCAGUGUACUUCGUGCUGAUGGACGGCCUUGACUUCUCGCGCAAAGACGCUCAGAACAUGGUCUGCGGCACACGCUUCUGUAACUCCGAUAGUCUUUCUAUGCAAUUGUAUAGCGCAUACCUGUCGUCGAAUGAGACAUACCUGGCGCAGGCGCCCAACUCCUGGCUGGACGACUUCUUCGACUGGUCCGCCUCGCCCGAAUGCUGCCGCUACUUCCCCGGCAACUCCAGCUUCUGUCCCAAUACUAAUCCCAAAUGUAAAAGAUGCAACAUACCACUUGAAGAUCCCGAAAAGCGACCAAACCCGACAGACUUUGAACAUUACGUGUCAUUCUUCUUACAAGACAACCCGACAUCUUCAUGUCCUAAAGCAGGACAUGCGGCUUAUUCACAAGCAGUCAAUUUCAAGAAUAAAACUACAAUCGGAGCAACAUUCUAUCAAGGAUAUCAUACAGUAUUGAAAACAAGUUAUGAUUAUUACUCGGCGUUACGUGCCGCUAGAACUGUGGCUGCUAAUUUAACAGAGACCAUGAACAGACAUUUGAAGUCUAUGAAUGAAACUAAAACUGUGAAUGUGUUCCCGUACUCGGUGUUCUAUGUGUUCUAUGAACAGUAUCUGACCAUGUGGCCCGAUACAUUGAAGAGUAUGGGCAUUUCUGUACUUUCCAUAUUCAUUGUUACCUUCAUAUUGAUGGGCUUCGAUUUGUUCUCGGCACUGGUUGUGGUGAUAACAAUCACAAUGAUAGUGGUGAACAUCGGCGGUCUGAUGUACUGGUGGGGCAUCAGCCUCAAUGCUGUCUCACUUGUCAACUUGGUGAUGGCGGUGGGCAUAGCGGUGGAGUUCUGCUCGCAUCUGGUGCACAGCUUCAGCGUGUCAGCCGGCGCGUCGCGCGAGGAGCGAGCCGCCGCCGCCCUCACACGCAUGGGCUCCUCCGUCCUCUCCGGCAUCACGCUCACCAAGUUCGGCGGCAUCAUCGUCCUCGCCACCGCCAAGAGUCAGAUCUUCCAGGUGUUCUACUUCCGAAUGUACCUCGGCAUUGUGCUGUUCGGCGCCGCGCACGGCCUCAUCUUCCUGCCCGUCAUGCUCAGCUAUAUCGGGUCUCCGAUCAACAAACAGAAGCUGGCGAAGCAGCUGCUGCGCGGCAAGGAGCUGGGCGUCGCGGAGACAUCCCUCACGCGAGUAAGCGGCGAGACAUACACGCAGUAUCACUUUGACUGCUAGCUUACAGCGGACGAGAAUCGUCUUUGUUACUAUACAUAUAGGAUUCAUUAUUGUGUACCACCAUCCGAAGUAACACACGCCUCUUUCUAAGUGAGGGCGAGUAGAUUUUUUAUAAUCUACACUAAGGGGACUUAAUCUGAGUGCGGCAGUGUUUUGUAAUUUUAUAUUUUGAUAUUUAACACGUUCCAUGCUACAUUUUUUCAAAUGAAAACUUCCAAUGCGAGUCGGCAGUGAACGUGUUUGGGUUACAUUGAUUAUUUUUAAACAUAUCUACGUAGUAAAAAAUUUUUGGUCAAUAUAAUGUUGCGUGUUAAUACAUUUUGUAUGUAGUUUUGGUAGAUUUUUUAAUUUUUUUUUGACUUUGGAUGGUUGCACACAUUUUUUUGAACAUUGUCUACUCUCGUAUCGCUUACUAACGGUUUCGGGCUAUUUGUAAAGUUAUAAGGUGGUUUGCUAUUAAACAAAAAAAAUAUUUUUUGUUCUAUGUACACUGCCUUAAUUGUUCGAAACUUUAAAAGUUUCCAUCUCAAUUGAUAUGGUGAAAUGCAUUUAUUUAUUGUUAAUGGGUUUAGAAAUUUGUCAUUUUGUGUGGCAAAAAAAAAAAUGUUACAAAUUUCUUAUCCAAGGGUCUGGUUGACCAUUGAAUGGUGUAAGGAAUAUGAUUAUUUCCUUUUAAUAUUUCAUUUGCAUGUAUGUUAGAUGUAUUUACAGUAGCCAUUCCUUUUUUUUUUAAUGGAAUUUUAUUUUUGCUGUCGGCUUUGGGCGCAACCGCCUUUUUAUUGCACAUUUAUUUCACAAUAACACAGAUUACUUAAUUUUUAGCACUUAAAUCAUUGUAUAUGGCAACACCAAAAAAAAAA